AGUGUUUUCAUCUCUGCGUAUUAUUUAUAUGGGUGGAAAAGGGGCUUGGAGCCCUCUGGGGACGUGGCAGGGCCAGACUGCGACGAGCCCAAGGUCGCCCCUUCCCGCUUGUUACCGUUGAAGACCCUCAAAGUGGCUGACUCCUCCCGCACGGACCCCUUGGUGCUGGUUUUUGUGGAGAGCCUCUACUCCCAGCUGGGCCAGGAGAUUGUGGCCAUUUUGGAAUCGAGUCGCUUCAAAUACAGGACAGAGAUUGCCCCGGGGAAGGGGGACAUGCCCACGCUGACUGACAAGGACCGGGGACGCUUUGCUCUCAUCAUCUAUGAGAACAUCCUCAAGUAUGUCAACCUGGAUGCCUGGAACCGGGAGCUGCUGGACAAGUACUGUGUGGAGUAUGGCGUGGGCAUCAUUGGCUUCUUCAAGGCCAACGAGAACAGCCUACUGAGCGCCCAGCUGAAGGGCUUCCCCCUCUUCCUCCACUCCAACCUGGCGCUGAAGGACUGUAGCAUCAACCCCAAGUCGCCCCUGCUGUACAUCACACGCCCCAGCGAGGUGGCGAAGGGUGUGCUCCCCGGGGAGGACUACUUUAACCACUCCACUUACGAGCCGGUCCUCCUGGCCAAGACCAAGUCAGCCGAGUCCAUCCCGCACAUGAGCGUGGACGCGGCGCUGCACACCACCGUGAUGCAGGACCUGGGCCUCCACGACGGCAUCCAGAGGGUGCUUUUUGGCAACAACCUCAACUUCUGGUUGCACAAGCUCGUCUUCGUGGACUCUGUCUCCUUCCUGACAGGCAAGAGGCUCUCCCUGCCCCUCGACCGCUACAUCCUGGUGGACAUUGAUGACAUCUUUGUGGGCAAGGAGGGCACACGCAUGAAGGUGGAAGAUGUCAAGGCGCUGUUCAACACGCAGAAUGAGCUGCGCACCCACAUCCCGAACUUCACCUUCAACCUGGGAUACUCAGGGAAAUUCUUCCACACGGGUACCGAUGCUGAGGAUGAAGGUGAUGACCUGCUGCUGUCCUACGUGAGGGAGUUCUGGUGGUUCCCCCACAUGUGGAGCCACAUGCAGCCUCACCUCUUCCACAACCAGUCGGUUCUUGCCGAGCAGAUGACCUUAAACAAGAAAUUCGCUGUCGAGCAUGGCAUCCCCACUGACAUGGGGUACGCCGUGGCCCCCCACCACUCGGGCGUGUACCCCGUCCACGUGCAGUUGUACGAAGCUUGGAAGCAGGUUUGGUCAAUCAAAGUGACGAGCACAGAGGAGUACCCCCACCUGAAACCUGCUCGCUAUCGCCGUGGCUUCAUCCACAAUGGCAUCAUGGUACUCCCCCGGCAAACCUGCGGCCUCUUCACACACACCAUCUUCUACAACGAGUACCCCGGUGGUUCCAGUGAACUGGACAAAAUCAUCAACGGGGGUGAACUGUUCCUGACUGUGCUCCUCAACCCCAUCAGCAUUUUCAUGACCCAUCUGUCCAAUUACGGCAAUGACCGCCUGGGCUUGUACACCUUCAAGCACCUGGUCCGCUUCCUCAACUCCUGGACCAACUUGAAGCUGCAGACGCUGCCUCCUGUGCAGCUGGCACAUAAAUACUUCCAGAUCUUCUCCGAGGAGAAGGACCCGCUGUGGCAGGAUCCCUGUGAAGACAAGCGGCACAAAGACAUUUGGUCCAAAGAAAAGACGUGUGACCGGUUCCCAAAGCUUCUCAUCAUUGGCCCUCAAAAAACAGGAACGACUGCCCUUUAUCUCUUCUUGGGGAUGCACCCAGACCUGAGCAGCAACUACCCCAGUUCAGAGACCUUCGAGGAGAUACAGUUCUUCAAUGGACACAACUAUCACAAGGGCAUCGACUGGUACAUGGAGUUUUUCCCCAUCCCCUCCAACACCACCUCUGACUUCUACUUCGAGAAAAGUGCCAACUACUUUGACUCAGAAGUGGCUCCUCGGCGAGCUGCGGCCCUGCUCUCCAAGGCCAAAGUCAUCACCAUCCUCAUCAACCCUGCAGAUCGAGCCUACUCCUGGUAUCAGCACCAGCGAGCUCAUGAUGACCCGGUUGCCCUGAAAUACACCUUCCAUGAGGUGAUCACGGCUGGACAGGAGGCUGCUCCGAAGCUCCGGACCCUGCAGAACCGCUGCCUGGUGCCGGGCUGGUACGCCACCCACAUCGAGCGCUGGCUGAACAGCUACCACGCCAACCAGAUCCUGGUCCUGGAUGGCAAGCUGCUCCGAACAGAACCCGCCAAAGUGAUGGAGACAGUCCAGAAAUUCCUCGGCGUGACCAACUUCAUCGAUUAUCACAAGACCCUGGCGUUUGAUCCGAAGAAAGGAUUCUGGUGUCAGCUUCUGGAUGGAGGGAAAACAAAAUGCUUGGGAAAGAGCAAAGGGAGGAAGUAUCCCGAGAUGGAUUCGGAU